ACUCAAACGGACGAGUCCAUCGUCAAAAAUAAAAUCAAUUCCAAAAAGAAGGUCAUUGCCAGAUAUUCAAGAUCAAAAUGUAAUAUAAUGAUAAAAGAGGCAGUGUUGGAGCUGAAGGAGCUACAAUUGCAACAAAGAGACCAAUUUACAGACUCGAGCACCAAUAAAAGGUACAGAGGAAACACUGCUCAAUCCGUGAUAAAGUUCAUCAUACAACACAAUGAUUUCCCUAAAUCUAAUAUAAAUGAGGACCGUGUGAAACAAGAUAUGAAGAGAGAAAUAAAGAAGAUGAUAAACGAAGGGGAGCUGAUCAAACUGUCAGGAACUGCCACUGGUCUGAUAGGAAGAUUUAAGCUGAACGAACCACGCAUAAAGAAAACGGCUCCAAAGAAAUCGACAAAGAAGAAAUCUACGGAUAAGAAGCCUGUUCCCAAAAAGAAAUCGGCCAUCCUUGACAAUGCAGGUUCUGUGAAAGAAGCUAGCGCGAAAAUGAAUAGAAAGAUUAAUUGUGAUUGACUUUUAUAAUUUAGGUGGUAUUGGUAAUUCCAAAUUUGAUAUAGUGAUUUCACAAGGUUUUUAAGUUUUGUAUGCCUGUUUAAACAGUUAUUUUAAUUUUGUUUAUAAUCUUUGUAA